GCCACUACCACUGCCACCUCUGCCCCGCCACAACCAGUCAGCUCUCUCUCUCUCUCUCUGAAGUGAGGAUAAACACACCCACAGAGCUUUCUUGAAAUAUUAUUCACUCCAUUUCUCUCUUGAGAUCUGAUGCUCUGUUAUUAGCACACACUGUGUGCUAAAGAUUGAGUGUAUCCGUUGCAUAAUCCUUAAUUUUAGAUGGAGUGGAGUGCGAGGUGGGGCUGUGAAAGCCUGGUCAUGUUAAGCUCAAAACCCGGGCCUAUGGCUCUGAUCCCGAAGAAGCUGCAACUAACAGACUCGGAGAUUCUAGAAGACGGGGAGCUGGAUGCUAGAUCCUUCAAUUUGUCGGGGGAAGGUGGCGGUGGAAGUGACAGUGGCAGUGGUGUCUGUGGCUCUGAUCCCGGGCAAGUAUACUCAACAAAGGGCUCAAUAUCAGCUUCUUCGGGCACUUCACCGAAGGGUGAUAUGAUAGCGUCUAAUUUCAAUUCCCCCGGGGAUUUCUACAAGAAAAUGGAACAGCAAUGUGUGGAGGUCUGCGUGAAAUCUCCUCCCCUGGAUAACUUAGUGGGCUCCGUAGAACCAUUGAUCGGCCUGAAGCUUGGUAAGAGGACAUAUUUUGAACGCGGCAAUGUUAAGAGCUUAUCUUCCGUUGCUCCAGUUUCAUCUGCGUCCACGUCAAAGAGAACAAAACCUUCUUCUCAGGGUUUGCAAAUUUCGCGCUGUCAGGUCGAGGGCUGCAAUCUUGACCUUUCGUCUGCUAAACGAUAUCAUAAGAAGCAUCGAGUCUGUGAAAAGCAUUCCAAAUGCCCAAAGGUCAUUGUUGGAGGAGUAGAACGGCGAUUUUGCCAACAAUGUAGCCGGUUCCAUAGCUUGUCAGAGUUUGACGAAAAGAAGCGCAGCUGUCGCCGAAGGCUUUCUGAUCACAAUGCAAGACGCCGUAAUCCACGGCAAGACUUGAUCCAGUUUAAUUCAACAACCCUGCCUUCAUCCUUUUACGAUGAUAGGCUACAAGUGAAUUUUGUGCUGAACCAAGUCCCGGUUAUCCACUCAAAAACUGCUGCAAACUCAAGCUGGGACACUCAGAGCUCCAAGUUCACUAUAAGCGAAGAGUUCAUUUCCGAGCCUGAAAAAACUACCAGCAUAAACAGGCAGCCAUACAUAUCAGGGAUCCAGCUGCCAAAUGCAACCGGUAUGCACAGUAAUGCAUGGAAUUGGCCAUUGACAUCCAAGGGCACCAACGCUGAAGUCUUCGGUCAAGGUCCACCUUCAAAUGUAUGCACAAUGCAGGAGUUUGCUUGUGCUCUCUCUCUUCUGUCAACUCCUUCCCAGAGCUCAUUUGAACCUAUAUCCAUUUCGAGCGGUAACCCUGCUGCACAUGCAAAUCAGAGCAACUUUCCUGCUGAAACAAUGCUGCGUGCAAAUGCAAAUGAAAUCCCUCAGGGCCUGCCGCUUGCUUCAUCCUCAUCAGAGUACUGGGCAGUCUUCAACCAAUUUCCGUGCCCAUACCCUGGUUGGGGUUGCCAAUACUAACAACGCCCGGUCUCUUCUCUUGUCAGGAAUUCAGCUGUUCAAAGCUGUGUGAAUGUGAUAGACUUCUACUGACAUCCAAUAUCCUUUUCUUUUCCGCAUUUUGAAUUGACUGUAUGGUGGCUGAGUUUCACCUGUUUACUUUUCUUUCUCUGUUUCUGAACUGGGAUCACAUAGGAAAGUAGACACUAGAAUCUUAGACAUUGUGGUUUUCUGAAUUUGUGAGUUUAUGGAUGCUUGGUUCAUAUA